UACGCUAAUGUGUAAAGCAAGUAGAAGGUCAAUACUACGUUACUGAAUAAAUGGAAGAUUUACUAACAAAAAAGUUCAAAUUAUUAAAUUUCUAAAAUCAAAUUAAAAAUAAAUGUAUAAAAACAAUUCAGAUGCAUAUGUACAUAAUUACAUAUUGAAAUAAUUAUAAAUGUUUGUGGAUAUUUGUUUAGAUUCUUUUCCAUUUUUAUGGUGGUGGCUCAUAGACAACAAACAUUAGUGGAACGAAAACAAAAAAUUGUCGUGUAGUCAAUACAGUUAAAAGAAUUUGGAAUAAAAAACUGAAGUGGUUUUGUAAUUUUCUAUAUUUCAUUAUGCCCAUCGCAAAUAUUUUAAAGAAAGCAUCAAGCUUAAUACUUGGUGAAGAGAAAAUUAACGAAAAAAUCGAUAUAGUGUACGAAGACAACGAAAUUCUGUUUUGUAAAAAUAAUGUCUGCAUACAUCCGCCAAUUGUAGCUCGACAGGAAUGUGAUAUGCUACACUAUCCCGGAUACUUGACGGUUACAACGAAAACAUUUGUUGACCAAUACAAUAGCGCCAAACGACCAACGUUGCUUCUAACAUGGAUUCCGAAUUCGUCUCUGUGCAAGUGUCCUUCGACCGAUGAAAACUCUACGUUGGACUAUAUCAGAGAACCAUUACCGCCAGCAGCCUAUGGAAAAGUUGAAAAAGUAUUUGCUAGCAGAAGUACUAGUCACGAUGGUGAUGAUGUCAACAAGACAAAACAUUCGGAAACUAUUGCGGCUGCUCAAAAUGAUGGUGGAAAAGAAGACGACGUAACUACUACAGUGGAUAUGCAAGAACUACGUAACGAGUUGCAACCAUUAUUAGGGGGAAAGAAAGCAUCUUUAGAAGACUUGGAGGCUUUAAUAAAAAAGAAUCCAAUCACAUCCGUUAAUAUAACGAUAUCAAAUCCCCAAAUUGAGAACGCUAAUAUUUCACAAACCUACAAUUGUGUAGUGGUUGCGGAUCGAGAACAAUUGCAGCUUAAUUCUGAUGGAUCUGUUUCAGAUGAUAAUAAUCCUAAUUGGAUGACGCCCGAAUUGUUGGCGUUUAAGCACAAUCUUGCCUUUCCAGAUAGUGCUAAUACGACACCAACUGUGCGUCGUAGAGUUAAUAUAAAAUGUCGUCGAUUUUCGGUUGAUCUAAGUCAGAUGCGUUCGUUGCGUCUAUUUUUUAAUGACAAUAGCUGUACAUCAGGACAGCUGGUAAUAGCAUCUCGGGAAUCGCAGUAUAAAAUAUUACAUUUCCACUAUGGAGGUUUGGAUCAUCUAGCUCAGGUUCUUCAUCAAUGGCACUGUUUUCUUCAUAACAUUACGCAUACAAUUGGUAAUGAAAAGCAGAAUUUACCAUACCGCCAAUUCAUGGUUUGUAGACCAGAGGUUAAAAAAUCUGAAUUGCACCCUGAUGAAGGAAAUGUUCAAAAGAUUACAACCAAUUUCUUCUAUGGCACCCUUCUUAAUGAAAAGGGUCAAAUUGACGAUGACUUAAUGCUGCGAAAAUGUGUAUUUUUUGGGGGACUUGAGAAGAGCCUUCGCAAGACCGUUUGGCCCUUCUUGCUUAAGUGCUAUUCGUUUUCAUCGACUUUUGAAGAUCGUGCAGUUUUAAUGGACAUCAAACGUCAGGAGUAUGAGGAAAUCACUAGAAGACGCUUAUACUCAAUGUCACCAGAAGAACAGGUCCAUUUUUGGAAAACCGUACAGUGUGUGGUUGAAAAGGAUGUUGUGCGUACUGAUCGAUCAAAUCCAUUUUUCUGCGGAGACGACAAUCCCAACACUGAAAUAAUGAAAAACAUUUUGUUAAACUACGCAUUCUAUAAUGCUGGAAUAUCGUAUUCGCAGGGCAUGAGUGAUUUGUUGGCCCCAGUACUGUGUGAAAUACAAAAUGAAUCUGAAACCUUUUGGUGUUUUGUAGGACUAAUGCAACGUGCAUUUUUUGUGUGCACUCCAACUGAUAACGAUGUCGAUAGAAAUCUUAAUUUUCUGCGCGAACUUAUACGUAUUAUGUUGCCUCGGUUUUAUGAACAUCUCAAAAAUCAUAGCGAUGCUUUGGAAUUACUAUUUUGUCACCGAUGGCUCUUGCUCUGUUUUAAGCGGGAGUUUACAGAAGCUGUAGUUAUUAGAAUGUGGGAGGCAUGCUGGUCAAAUUAUUUAACAGACUACUUUCAUCUUUUCCUCUGUUUAUCUAUUCUUGCCGUAUAUGCCGAUGACGUUAUUGCUCAAAACCUUCGAGCUGAUGAGAUGCUGUUGCACUUCAGUUCUCUUGCCAUGUACAUGGAUGGACAGUUAAUAUUGCGAAAAGCUCGUGGAUUGCUGCAUCAAUAUAGGCAACUCCCUAAAAUUCCUUGUACAUUAGCAGGACUUUGUAAGAGAUGUGGUCCCGGUAUGUGGGAUUCGGAACAUAGGCCAGCUUUGGAAUGUGUCGGACACACUGAAGAUGAAAAAUGUUCCUUAGCUAUAGAUUAAACUUACAUUUGUUUUGAAAUUAACUAUUUUUAAUUCAACAUGUUGCACACAAGUAUGAAAUGCUACUAUAAUACAUAUGUAUUUGUUUUCUUUAUUACUACUAUAAAAAUAUUUAUUAAUUCGUUGAGCAAAAUACUAAAAAAAUAACAAACAUAAUUAAUAAUAAUGCAAUAACAAAUAAAAGUAUCUUAUUAAAAAUAAGUGUAUCAAAAAUUAACUAUUAAAUAUAAAACGCUUCAUGUGCUUUUUGCUAUGAUUACUUAUAAAAAAUCAUAUGUAUAUCACGAUUCAAAUAAAACUAAUGUUCGAAUUGAUAAACUUUGAAAU